AAAAAAAAAUCGCGACCACUUUUAUAUUCGAGCCAAAAUUUUGACUCCCGGCUAUGGUUUCCAUUCACCUAAGGCCAACGCCCAAAUUUUACUCUAUCUUAAUGUUUUUCGCUGUCGCUACCCUCCUGGCUACUGUCAGUGCCAUACCAGCCGACUACCAAGCCACUUCUUACGUCACAUUCAAUGAUAAUCAGAAUUCGAUCAGUCACAGCCAAUCUGGUGCGUCUCCAGUAUAUCCCGCCCUUACUAAAGUAACUGUACCAGUAGUAGCUAAAGUAGCUGCUCCAGCUGCGCCUGUAGUCACCAAAUACUCCGCACCUGCUGCUCCAGUUUACUUGACCGCUCCAGCUUAUUCCGUUUCUCCAUCUGUCAACAAAGUAGCUCUUCCUGUAGUUGCUCCAGUAGCUAAAUAUGUUGCUGCUCCAGCUUAUCAUGAAGAACAAUAUGAGGUAAUCCCAUACAAAUACGCCUACGCUGUACAAGAUGCCCACACUGGUGACUACCACUCCCAAGAAGAAGUUAGUGAUGGACACCAUGUUUCUGGACAGUACUCGCUCCACGAAGCUGACGGUACCAUCAGGAUCGUAAAAUACUCUGAUGACGGACACGGUUUCAAUGCUGUAGUAGAAAAACAAGGAGAACCAACUUCUACACCAGCUGUUUACAAGAAAGUUGUUGCUGUAGCUGCUCCUCACUACUGAAAGAAGACUUAAUGAUGUGUUUGUAGUUUU